AUGGAAAAAGUGAAUUGUGGAAAAGAUUGUGCUUUCAUCGUCCAUGAAGGUAAGACCCCGGCCUCAGCACAUAAUUUUUCUAUCAAAUGCUAUGAAGGUUUAAAAAACAAGUUGUGUCACAUAGAGAAUGUGAUAGAGAAACAAACAACUCAACAAGUUAUGGAUAAUAGAUUACGUCUUAAAGUUUCUAUUGAGGCUAUCAAAUGGCUUACAUUUCAAGCAUGUGCUUUAAGAGGUCAUGAUGAGGGACCUGACUCAAAAAAUCAAGGAAAUUUCCUUGAACUUAUAAAGUUGCUUGCUUCUUAUAACAAGACUAUUGAUGAUGUUGUGUUAGAAAAUGCUCCUCAAAAUGCAAAGUACACAUCACCGGAUUUCCAAAAAGAAAUAUUGCAUGUUUUAGCUACCAAUGUACAAAAAGCAACUCAUGAUGAAAUCAGGACUGCAAAAUUUUGUUUGAUAGUUGACGAGUCUCAAGAUGAAUCUAAGAAAGAACAAAUGGCUAUUGUUGUGAGAUUUGUUGACCGAGAUGGAAAUGUCAAAGAAAGAUUUUUGGAUUUGAUUCAUGUCAAAGAUAUAACUUCAUCGACCUUGAAAAAUGAGAUAAUGUGCUCAUUGUCUUAUCAUAAACUUAGUGUCCAAGAUAUUCGGGGUCAAGGAUAUGAUGGAGCUAGUAACAUGCGUGGAGAAUGGAAUGGGUUGCAAGAUUUAUUAUUAAAGGAAUGCCCUUAUGCUUAUUACAUACAUUGUUUUGCUCAUCAAUUACAAUUGGCUCAAGUUGCAAUGUCUAAAGAUGUGACCGAGGUACAUAACAUCUUCAAAACUUUAAACUUUAUAGUUAAUGUCAUAACUUCUUCUUCCAAGCGUCAUGAUCAAUUGCAAGAUGCUCAGAUUGCUGAAAUUUCUUAUUUAAUUGAGGUUGAUGAGAUUGAGAGUGGAAAAGGAAAAAAUCAAAUACGAACACUACAAAGACCUAGAGAUACUAGGUGGAGUUCUCAUUUUAAAUCAAUAUGUAGUUUGAUGAGACUUUUUGGUCCAUCUUGUGUAGUGUUGACUGACAUUGCUACAAAAGGUUCUACAUCUUCUCAAAAAGGUGAUGCAAUAUUUGCACUUAAACAUGCAAUGUCAUUUGAUUUUGUCAUUGUUUUGCAUAUGAUGAAAGAUAUAAUGUGGAUAACUGACAAGCUUUGCCAAUCCUUACAACAAAAAUCUAUAGAUGUUAUUAAUGCAUUGGCCUUGGUUUCCACAACAAAAAUAUUGCUUCAAAAACUGAGAGAUGAAGGUUGGCAAUCACUUUUGGAUCAAGUGGUUUGUUUUUGUAAAAGAAGUGACAUUUUGGUCCCUGAUAUGAAUGAGACUUACAAAUAUGUAAUUCGGACACGCCGUGAUAAAGAAAAUAUCACUGCAGAGCAUCACUACCGAGUUGAAUUGUUUAUUGCUGCUAUUGACAGUCGGUUAUAA